AUGACUCGAAUCUCUUCUAUUCGCAAGCGGACUGUGGUCAGCAGCAGGCCGGUUCCAUCAGGAAAAACCUGCCAACUCUCUGUUCUCGACCCUAUUAUGGAAAAAAAUAACGUUCGAGUCGUCUUGUAUUACAAGAAUCUGGUGAAGAUUGAUGGUGGCGGAAUUAUGAGAAAGCUAACCGAUUCACUAGCUGAGUUGCUUUUCAAUUUUCCAAUGAUCACCGGACGACUAGGGAAGAUGCCGGAAGGGCAUUGGAUUAUCAAGUGCAAUGACGCCGGAGUUCGAUUUGUGGAGGGUGAGGCAGAAGGGAAUGUAGAGGAGUGGCUUCGGAAUGUAAAUAGGGAGAAAGAGCUUCAGCUUGUUCACUGGGAAGAGAUGUUUCACAAACCAUACUUCUGGUCUCCCCUUUACAUCCAGAAUACUGAAUUUAAAGAAGGUGGAUUAGCUAUUGGCUUGAUGAGCUGCAGUCACCUUUUCGCUGAUCCGAUUUGCGCCACCAUGUUUCUUAAAGCCUGGACAGAGACUACUUUAGGCCAAACAAUGACAUCUCCGCCAUUCUUCCACCCCUUGCCCCCACGACGACAUGCCAAUACUAACCAAACCCAUCGACACCACCACGAGUUGAUCAGCCGCUAUAAAAAACUAAUUUCAUCAUCCCCUGCACCCGAACCUCAAUGUGUGACUACAGUCACCUUACAAUUCUCACAUCAAAUGGCCACAGCUUGCGUGGCCAUGCACCAAGGCCUCACCCUAACACCAUUCGAGGCUCUAGUCGCACUGUUUUGGGUAGCUAUAAGCCAGGUUAAAGGAUCGAAAUCCGGGCUCAUAAACAUGUCAAUAUGUUCAGACACGAGAAAAGCUUUAGGACUAGACAAGGGCUUUUUCGGAAACUGCAUGAUACAUAACAAAGUUAAUUUUCCUAGUCCUCUGGACCAUAAUGAAUCGAAGGUUCUAAAAGCAGGUACAACCAUAAAAAAUGCUGCCAAGAAGAUGGAUCAUGAGGGCAUUAUGGACUUAGUGGAAUGGUUAGAACAUAACAAUCAUGAGUCUGCUCUAUUGAAGAAUGUGGAAGCUUAUAACUUAAAAUUUGAUGAUGACUUAGGCAGACCAAUUAGAGCUUGGUAUUAUAUUGAGCCGGUGGUAGGAGAAGGGCAAUUAAUAAUUCUUCCGUCACCUGAAUCCGGCGAGGAUGAUCUUAGCAGGAGGGUUGUUAUGGUUACUCUUCCCGUAUAUGAAGCUGUCAAGUUAUGCGAAGAAGCUGUUUUGAUGAAGUUUUGUCCAACUAUUUGGAUGGAUGGGUUGUAACUAGUUUCUUC